UUUCUUCUUCCUAAAUCAAGGCCCUCAGACGCAGCUCGCCGCCGGGCCUGGGGUCACCCCCCGGAACCUCCUGGAGACCUGCCCUGAGGAGGACGCCCUUCCAGCACCGGAGGGCUGCCGCUCGCGAGCGGCGGCGCCCAGUUGGCGCCCACCCCGGGACACACUGCAGUCGAUGCCUGGCAGCGACUUCUCGCUCGCCCUCAGCCUCCCCCAUCGACCCUCUCCCGCCGACCUUUACGCCCAACUCGGGCGCGCCGCGAGCCUCUGCGUCCUCGCCGUCCACGCGGGGCCCCACCCCUUCCCGGUUCCUGCCCGCGAUCGGGUCGGAGGCGAGGUGAAUGGGAAGAUGGAGAUGGAUGUUGAGGGAGUUUCUCCGCGCCCGGAGCCCAUCCCCCGCUCCCAGGGGGCUGGCGGAGCCUGCCAGGCGCCGCCACAGCCGCCCCAGCCCCAGCCCCAGCCCCCGCCGCAGCCGCCGCAGCAGCAGCAGCAGCAGCUGGCUCAGGAUGAAGUGCCCGGCGAGAGUGCGGGCGUGGAGGACAGCGACGAUCCCGAGGCGAGACCCAACGGCGAGAAAGGAGAGAGCAAGAGAUAUCAUGGACUGAAAGGUGAUGGGUACCCCAAUGAGCUCACUACAAGAUCCCAAAGAUUCCAAGCCACAGGCUGCUCCAAAGCAUAAAGGCACCCUUCUGGAGAGUCGGCAGGAAGGAAGCCUGGAGGAGGCUCUGCUUUUGGCCAGAGAGGACAGACCGCCUCCUCAGGUCUCUGUGGGAACCGCUGAAGGACAGUGAGGAAGAUGUGGCUGGUCCCCAGGACAGAGACAUAGCUGGAGCCAGGAAGCACCUGGAGUGGGACUCAAGCCCCCAGCACCCCUUCAGACCGAUGCUCUCUGGGCUGCGUGUGGUGCCGGAUUGGACUGUUUUUGCUUUGCUGUCACCUGCCUAACACGGUUCUAGGUGCUUUUGAAUGGUUGGCUUUCUUUCCUUUUGUUUCCUCCCCCACUCUUUUCUUUUUCUUCUCUGGGCCCUGAGAACUGUAAGAAAAGAAUUGCUUUAGAAAGUAUAAUUCUGUUGCUGACAUUAGCCUUGUUUAUGAAUAAAUUCUGUCCCUAAGGAUUUUCUGAAUUGCAAUCCCAGGUUACCUAGUAAAUGGGGCUGCAUGGUUUGAUUUGUGUAGUCCUGAUCCUUAGAUUAAAAAUACGUUUUCUUUCUUUUUAUUUUUUUGUAAGUUUGGAUCCAGGUAAUGGCCCGAGUCCCGUUUGCUUAGCUGCCGAAGCGAGCUCCAUGUGGUGUCGCUUGGAGUGGAAAUAUAAUCAAACAUAUAUUAUACCUGGGGCUCUCGCACGCUAUUUGAUAUAUAUGUUAUGCUACAAAGAAACACAAACCUUGUAGGCUGAAAUUUAAUUCCUGUCUGAUCCUGCAGUUAGAAUGGUAGAGAAAUUAUAAAUAUCAGAAGUGGCUUCAAAUACCCUGAAUGUAAGCUAACCAGCAAUAAGUGGACAGUUUGGAAGUGCCGUUUUCCGAGGCAGAGCUGGAGUUGGGAGAUGGCUGACCUCGUCAACAGGGUUGCUCAGGUCUGUCUGCGGAUCUGCUCGUUAUGGAAGAAUCCGAGAACAAGGCCUGCUUCUGUGUUUGGGGUUACGGAAAUUGUGGCGUCUCUGACCGAAUGCUCUGUAACUGUGCCUGCCUGGCAAUAAAACACCUUUGGUUGACCCAGCAA